AUGUCCCGUCCAACUGAGCCUUGUUCGCAGGCUGAGGCUCGGGACGACGAUGGAGCCGCUCUUAGUGGAAGUCCGCCUUUGACUCAUCGCCUGAGCGAGAGUGCGCGUUGGGAGACUCCUGGGGAAGAAGGAGCAGCAGCAGAGGCACGGAGCGGAGGUAUCAUCGAGGCUACAGGGGACGGGAAGCAGCGAGAAGAGGAGUCUGUUGUCUCGGACUUGAUGGAUGCACCCGAGGUUGUGUCCGUGUCAGAGGCAGCAGAGAAAUCAAUUAACGGAGAAAACGGAGAGAACGGAGAGCAAGCAGCGACAUCAGAAACCGUCGGAGCAGAGUGUGAUAGAGACGUUUCCGGAACAGCAGAAACUCAGUCCUUGCACUCCGAUUCGGAGCUCGCGUUUAAGAAGAUGUCUCUUGAUCCCAACGCCGCUGAAUUCACCCCGUCCUUCGCGCCUUCCCCAUCAGCAGUCGCUGCGACACCUUAUUUACCUGACUACACCCCUCUCAGCUCCACUGCCGCUGCGGAUGUCUCUGCGGUCACCGCUGGUGCCGCCGCUUCAUCCGCUUCGUUUGUGGUUCCUCCUCUCAUUCGUUCCCUCGUUACCGGCAGCUCGAUUCCUGGCUUGAAUCUUAGCCGUCCAUUGCCGGCAAUUUCCCAGGUGGUUCCUAUAGGCCCUCGGAGGUCCUCCCCCGUGCCUCCACGUGGCAACAGUUGUUUGGUGCCUCCUCCUCCUCCCACGCCCCCCACACCCUUGGCUACAGCAGACGACAGAGAGUCCCGGGCGAUCAUGCUCUCUCUGUUGCCGCCACCUGAACAACUACCUGACGCCGUUCUGGCGCAAGAGAUAGAGAGAACGUGGGGUCCUUUGAGGUUCCUCGACUUGUCCCGCCGCUGGGAUGGCGUGGCUACGGCACAUUUUUACGACCUGCGCCAUGCCAAGGCAGCUCUGAGGGACGUGCAGCAGCAGCACUGGCUGCAGCAGCAGCGCACACACCACCGCAUCCUGCUCCGCCUGCGCCAGAUCCACACCAGGGAACCCCCUGAGAAGAUCAUCCAGGACCCCUACCGGCCCCUGCCGAACGAGCCUGUGCCGCUGAAAGGGCUGGGGUUGGUUGCUGGGUGGGUGGUGUGGGCUCAAGCGGUGGAUCCUGAUGGGGAGGGCGGGGCGUGGGCGGGAGAGGGGAAGGGUGCCGGGCUUGGGAGGGGGUUUGGAGGAGGUGGGGCGGAUGGUGGAGGCGGUGAAGGGAGGUUCGGUGCGGUGCAGAGGCGUCACCAGCAACAGAAGUCGCAGGGGCCUCAGCAGCACCACCAGCAGCAGCAGCAGCAGCAGCAGUUAAGGCAGCAGCUUCAGCGCAGGCAAGGAGGACUAUGGCAGGGGGCGAAUGAGCAGCAGGGAGGGGCGUGGGACGGUGGUAACGGGUGCGUGGUGGUGCGGAACGUUGAGCCCUCUGUGUCUAUGGACUCACUGCGUGCCCUCUUUGCAACAUGCGGAGACGUUAAGGAGGUCAGAGCAGUUCUUUCCAAGAAGCUUCAUCGCCUUGUGGAGUUUUUUGACAUCCGGGCAGCAGCUCAUGCGGUGCAGAAGCUGACCGGAACAGAGCUGGCGGGCAGGCGGAUAAAGAUCGAGUUUGCACGCCAAGGAGUCAUGACAGAUGCAGUUGGAACGGCAGGAGGAUCGAGAGCUGUAGGAGCAGUGGGAUCAAGAGACAUACCAGGCUCGCACCGGCAUGAUUCAGCCGCGCCCCAGCAUGAGUCACAGCCUCCGGAAGGGGCCAUCCCUGCUACUGAAUCCAGUUUCACUGCUGCUGCUCGUGCUGCUUCCGAAUGCGGUGGUUCUCCAGAAGCUCCCCGGUGUGACAGCCCUGACUUGAGUAGCCCAGGGGUGGAGAGCAGGGGUGGCAGGGGGGAGAUGGGUGCAGAUGGGUUGCUGCCAUCAGGAUCCACGCCUGGUCCAGACGGCACCAGGGGGGAAUCAGCAAGAGAGACGGAUGGAGUAGCCCCCGUAGAGGAGCAGGUUACAGGCGACUGUGCGAAGGUGUUAAAGGAAGGAGAGAAUGUAUUGAGGGAAGGUGAGAAGGUAUUAAAGGAAGCAGAGAAGGUAUUAAAGGAAAUGCUAGGGGGUAGAGCCGUGGAAGUUUCUGAUGAAGCUUCUGGAGGAUGUUUUGAAGCCGAGUUAGCAGCAGGUGCUGAUGUGGAAGGGGGAGAGGAGGAGGGAAAGGGGGUAGAGGAGGAAAGAAAAGCGGCAGAGAAUGCAGUGGUGAAGGAGGGCUGUUCAGCAGGACAGCGAGAGGGAGAGAAUGGAGGGGAGAGUGGAGGGGAGAGCGCCAGGUCAAGAGGUGGCGGGCAUUCUGAUGAGUCAGCAUCGCUGACCCAAGAAGAGCUGGCCCCUCUCUCAUCUCCUGGCGAAGAAUGCACGUCAGGGGACGGCAACCCAGACAACACUACUCCAGCUACUAGUGCACCCAUCGCUACUGCCAGUGCACCCAUCACUACCGCACCCGACACCAGUGCACCCAUCACCAGUGCACCCAUCACCACCGCACCCAUCACUACCGCACUUAACACCAGCACGCCCAUGAGCAGCGCCACAGCGAGCGCCCAGAGCUCGCCAGACACGUGGAGCCACGGCCCUCCCCAGUAUGCCUACCACUUUGCCCCAGGCAUGCCAUAUCUCCCACCUGCUGGGGCUGCAUCCUCUGCUUAUCUCCCCUACCCUCCUCCACUUCCACUGCCCUUCCCUUCUGACCAUGCCGCGCAUUCUCCCCUUGUACCUCUUCUGCCGCCUCCUCCUCCUCCUCCUCCCCCUCCUUCGUCUGCUCCCAGUCAUCUUUCCCUGGCUGCAAUAUCUGCUGGGGGGGCGUCUCCUGCUGUUUCAUUCCCCACGUCUCUCUCCUCCUCUCCCCGAUUCCCUGCCACCCCCACUGCAAGUGCCUCCCAUGCUUCUGCCGCUGCAGCUGCUGCUGCCCCUGCGUUUGCCAACCCUGCUGGCCCGCCUACCCCCACUGCCUCUACUGGGUUUGCUAUGUACGGCCAUGCUACACCAACACCCAUGGGCGGGCAGCGGGCGAUGCGGGGAGACGAAGAUGACAUGGCAGAGUUCGCGUUUGUGGAGGAGGCAGCAGCAGCGGCGGCCAGGAGCGAGGCCGCCCAGUUGGCUGCCACGUCAGCAGCAGGCAGGUGGCACCAGUAUGGAAGGACACGUGGCACUCGUCUAACCGCCGCAGCUGCAGAGGAGGGGGAUAGCUCAGGCGUGGAGAAGGUGGGCAGGAGGGCAGAGGCGCCUCGCCCUCUGGCAUGCUUGACAGAUCUCGUCCAGACUGGGUUGACUGGGUUGACUGACUCCACAGGUUUGACUGCCUCACGGGAUUAUGGGGGUGUUGUUGGGGGCUCAGGGAGGGUGGUGGUGCCGCAUGUGAGUGUCACGCGUGCAGAGUGCAGUGGUGUGGCGAUGGGGAAAGGGGAGAAGGCAAUAGGAGAAGAGGAAGAUACAACGGAAAAGGAAGAAGAGGUGAAGGGAGGAGGUGCAAAUGACGCCGGAGAGGAGGGUGCUCAGGUGGGGGUUCAGGUGGGAAGUCAGGUGGGCGAGGGGGCAGCGAGGGGGCGGCGGGACGGCACGAGGACGACGGUGAUGGUGCGCAACAUUCCCAACCGCUACAACCAGGCCAUGCUGCUCGCGCUGCUGGACGCCCACUGCCUGCACUGCAACUCCCAGCCCGCCUGUCGGCCCUGGGGUGGAGGGCACGCGGUGGGAGGAGGUGGAGCACGAGGCAGGAGUGGUGCUCGUGUUGAUGGCUGUGGUGCAGGUGGUGAUGAUGGUGGUGAUGGUGGUGAAUCUGCUGCUGCUGCUGCUGGUUGUACCGAUGGAGAUGGGAGCAAUGGCAGUGAUGCGGGCAGUGACAGUGGCAGCAGUGGUGGCAGUGGGGGGAGUGGGGAGGAGGAGGAGCAAUGGGAGCCGCUCUCUGCUUAUGACUUUGUGUACCUUCCCAUUGACUUUAAGAACCGGUGCAACCUGGGGUACGCGUUUGUGAAUCUGACAACGGUGACGGCGGCGCUGCGGCUGUUCCGUGCCUUCCACCUGCAGCCGUGGGAGGCCUUCAACUCGCGCAAGGUCUGCCGCAUCUCCUACGCGCGCGUGCAGGGUUGCGCGGCGCUGGAAGAACAUUUCCGCAACUCGCGCUUUGCGUGCGACACGGAGGAGUUUCUCCCGCUCGUCUUCUCCCCGCCUCGCAACGGCAUCUCCUGCCCUCCCCCGGUGCUUGCCGCCGGUCACAUGGCAGGCCAGCAGGUAACCCUCACCAGUGGUAACCACCACCUCGCGCUCACCUCUGACCCUAGGUCCCCCAGGCGCGACGUUUUGAACCCGGGGCUUUUGCCAGGCAUGGGGUUGAUGCGUUCAACGGCGCCAAGCUCGGUUGUAUCAUCCAGGGACCAGGAAUAG